GAAGACAGCUAAGUGUGAACCACCUCAGGCGACAAUGGUGUUUUCUACUGAAGCUUCUCCAGUUCCCCUGUUUUCCAUUUCCCCUUUUGCACAUUCUCAUCGUCCCGGGAUGCCGCCGGGGAGCCGGAUGCCCAUGGCAGGAUUGCAGGUGGGAUCCCCUUCAGGACCCCCCUAUGGAGCAGUCUCUCCGAUGCGACCAGGAAUGCCACAGUCCAUUAUGGACCCCUUCAGAAAGCGCCUGCUUGCUCCGCAGUCGCAGCCACCCCUGGCAAGCCAAAGGCGAGGGCUGAAAAGAAGGAAGAUGGCGGACAAGGUCCUACCACAGAGGAUCCGGGAGCUGGUCCCAGAGUCUCAGGCCUACAUGGACCUUCUCGCCUUUGAGCGCAAGCUGGAUCAGACCAUUGCCCGGAAGAGAAUGGAAAUCCAGGAGGCCAUCAAGAAACCCCUCACGCAAAAGCGGAAGCUGCGAAUUUACAUCUCCAACACCUUCACCCCAGGCAAGGAGGAGGGGGACGGCAGCGAGCGCGUGGCCUCGUGGGAGCUGCGUGUGGAAGGCAAGCUCCUGGAGGAUCCGAGCAAGCAGAAGAGGAAGUUCUCCUCCUUUUUCAAGAGCCUCGUCAUCGAACUGGACAAGGAGCUGUAUGGACCAGACAACCAUCUGGUGGAGUGGCACAGGAUGCCCACGACCCAAGAGACGGACGGCUUCCAGGUCAAGCGCCCUGGUGAUGUCAAUGUGAAAUGCACCCUGCUGCUCAUGCUGGAUCACCAGCCUCCGCAGUACAAACUGGACCCUCGCCUGGCUCGCCUGCUGGGUGUCCACACCCAGACCCGGGCCAGCAUCAUGCAGGCCCUGUGGCUCUACAUCAAACACAACAAGCUGCAGGACAGCCACGAGAAGGAGUACAUCAACUGCAACCGAUACUUCCGCCAGAUCUUCAGCUGCAUUCGCAUGCGAUUCUCCGAGAUCCCCAUGAAGCUGGCAGGCCUGCUGCAGCAUCCGGAUCCCAUCAUCAUCAACCACAUGAUCAGCGUGGAUCCCAAUGACCAGAAGAAGACUGCCUGCUAUGACAUAGAUGUCGAGGUGGAUGACCCCCUGAAAGCUCAGAUGAGCAACUUCCUGGCCUCCACCACCAACCAGCAGGAAAUCGCCUCCCUGGAUACCAAGAUCCACGAGACCAUUGAGUCCAUUAACCAGCUGAAGACACAGCGAGAUUUCAUGCUGAGCUUCAGCAACAACCCGCAGGACUUCAUUCAGGAAUGGAUCAAAUCCCAGAGGAGGGACCUCAAGAUCAUAACGGACGUGAUUGGGAACCCCGAGGAGGAGAGACGAGCCGACUUCUACCAUCAGCCCUGGGCGCAGGAGGCUGCGGGGAGGCACAUCUUUGCCAAGGUUCAGCAGCGCAGACAGGAACUGGAACAAGUGCUUGGGAUUCGCCUCACCUAAUGGGCUGGGCGCGGCUCAGGAGCUUUGUUCUCUCCUCAGAGAGUGCCUGAGCCUUACGGUACAUCUUACUGGAAUCAAAUACAGCACUUGCACAAAGCCUGUGUGCCCAGGGGCUCCAAGCCACUAGCAUCCCCAGGGGCUCCUAGCCCUGUGGCUUCUCUGGGUCAGGGAGCUCUAGCCAAAGGCAUGGGUCACAUGGUAACCUGCGCAGCCUCUGCCCUGUCCCUGCCACUCUCAUUCCAGCCCCUUUAUUGCAUUACUGGCCUAGCUUGCUGCCUUCGCCUCUCCCCAGUGUUCAUUGCAGGCUCGGAGCUCCGCCCUCCCCUUCCUGCCUGGGCCUGAGCCUUGGCGGAGUCGCUGACCAGAGGGUACGAGCUCUCCCUGAGCUGGAGCCAAGGGGCCACUGAGGCCCUUCUUCAUUCCGAGCGAUGUGGCCAGAGCAUCGCAACAGCCCCAUGGGCUCCUGAGCUUCAGCACUGGGAGGACAAGGGCUUUGCCUGCUUCCUGCUGAGCUGUGCCAGCCUCCCGCCUACAUGGGGAAGGGCAGGCGGCUGCUGGCACUUUUGAAACCAAAGCUUUGUCCAUUCCAAAGGCCGGCCGAGCUGGCGGCGUUUUGCACUAUCUGUUUUUGUGAGCAGGGUUUAUAAAAGGAAGCCUUUUGUACAGUGGGUUUGUAUUUGAUUAAUAUGAGGUUUCCCACUAGUCCUGCACUUGCCUAAACCUAUGCAAUGGAUUCACUCUGCUCCUGGGCAGCUGAGCUUAGUCGGAGUCUUUGACAAUCAACUGAAUGUUCCAUCCUCCCUCUUCUUCCACAUACAGCAGGGUGGGGGGGCUCCUCUCUCAGGGGAGCUGGAGCCGGGGCAGGAAGAGCAUGCUGUGCCUACUGGCUGCAGACACCCUGACGCAGGGUAGUGCCCACAGGACUAGGCCCAGCAUCUGUUAUACCAAAGGUGACACCAGGAGCUGGGCAUUCCCAUGUGCCUUAGCCCCAGCCAUCCCUGGCCCAAGGGCUCCUGGCAGGAGGGAACAGGGGCUGUUUCCUGGGGGGCAGAGCAGCCUUGCAGUUAUGGCGCAUGGUAGAAUUAGGCAGGAGAGGGUGGGUGUUUACAGACAUGCAGGCUGUGGCUGCCUGCUCUUGCUGUUGUAACCAUUUUGUCUGGGUUGGAUAUUUUCUAAUAAAAACAUUUAGGAGCA